UGACGCCACACGCUGCUGUCUAGGUAGGAAGCUCGAUAGAUUUUGAAACGCUGCCACGCACUAAACUGCAAUGUGUCGUCUCGCAUUUGAUGAAACAUAUCUUCUUCACAUCCACAAGAGAGGAUGAGAACACCAGGCUUCCCUUUUGUGAGGCUUAUCGUUGUUUUUGUGCCUUUGUUUCUGUAAAACCCUUCUUUCCUCAGAGGAAUGUAGUUUGGAGGGCGGAGACUCGCAACUCGACAACAUUACGUUCUGCAUCCCCGUCCUGAAACGGUGAAAUAUGGACAAUGCCGAGAGAAAAUGCAUGAUCAUUCGGGCUCGUUCAGAUCUGUUGCUAUCCGAAUACAGCUCAAAGGGAGGAAUGGGAUUUGAGAUCAUGGAAAGGUGGAUGUAGUCUUUGGACUCGUGAUCUGUGGCUGGAGUUCACACACACCGCUGGAGUUCAUUGCGGUGUUUACGGUGAUCGUUUUGUACCGAGGGUUGUUCAUUGUUGAAACGUUACUACGAGUGUCGUUUUCUACCUGGUUAGAAAACCGUUGGAUCUCUGCUUAUUUUACACCCCAAAAUUGACUCAUAUUUGUGCGGGACGUGACGAUAGAAGAGUUUGGAGUUCAGCAUGAGGAAUAACGAGGAGACAGAGGGCUUUGAUGGCGAGGCCUCGAACACUUCGAUGAUUUCAGGGGCCAACAGUCCGUAUCAGCCGACCACCGUGCCCGUGCACUCCAGAAACGUGUUCAGAGGCAUCAGGUGUGACCUGGACUAUGCCAAAUCUCAUUUCGGCAUUUUAAAAGUAGUCGAAGUGGUGCUGGCUCUCAUCUCUUUCAUCUGCAUUGAGACCAUAAUGUCGUGCUCACCCUGUGCCGGCAUCUACCUCUUUGAGUUUGUCAGCUGCAGUGCCUUCGUCGUCACAGGCGUCUUGCUCCUCAUCUUCAGCCUGAACCUGCACACCAAAGUGCCACAUGUCAACUGGAGUCUAACAGAUUUAAUCAACACUGCCACCAGUACCUUGUUCUUCUUUCUGGCUUCAGUGGUUUUGGCAGCUAUCAACCAUAAAACUGGAGCAGAGAUUGCAGCUGUGAUUUUUGGGUUCCUGGUGAUGGGAGUGUAUGGUCUGAACACAUAUUUGGCCGUCCGGAAGUGGCGUCUCGGGGACUCGCGUGACGGAGUCCUUCCGGCCAAUGAGUACAUUCGUGCCCGCACAGCCUCACGGGGAGAGGUGGAGUCACAGCCUGAGCUACAGUAAAAGAGCCUGUCGGACCACUAGAGACUGAGAGAGGUCAAGCUCCACCCACAAAGUAUACAUUCCUGUCGCUGUCUGAUGACAGGUCAGUUAGGAUAUUAAUUAAACUACUCUGUGUGAAGUGGAAUCUUCAUCCUAGUCAUCAGCCUCAGGCCAUCAUAAUUUGACUGAAUACUGAAUAUUUCCUUUAAUUAAGGGCUUUGCCUUUAGGUAUGACUGAAAUCCACUUCACUGUGCUCCUAGACUUCUCCCAGUGGGAAGCCGGAGUGAUCUCAUGUUGCGUCUCAACCAGAAACAGCUGGUUUUAAUAAUGUCUGCAAUAAGCUGGACAAAACCUGUCAGUCACUAUUUGAAAACACUUCUGUUUAGCUCCAUUCCCAGCCUGCUAUAUGAAAGUCACAUCAAAGCUAAAAUCUAGCAGUGGAAGAUCACAUUUAUGUUCUGAUUUUGGGGGAAAGUAUUGAAAAUUAAUUGUUGCUUAAAGGGAUCAUUCACCCAAAAAUGAAAAUGCUCUCA